AUGUUUACGCCCGGGGAUAUUGGUGAACAAAGAGCAAUUGAUAAGCAGGUAGAACCGCUUACAACCUUUGCCACUACUAUCACACCAACCGACGUGGACGACGCCGGGGCGAUGAGGGCCAUGAUGCCAAUUCCAAAAAAAUCGCGUACCAUAAAGACAGACCGACCUCGUCCUUUCCUAUGCCCUAUUUGUACGCGAGGAUUUGCAAGGCAGGAACAUCUAAAGCGUCACCAGCGUGCUCACACCAACGAAAAGCCUUUUCUGUGCGCGUUUUGCGGGAGAUGCUUUGCCAGGCGCGAUUUGGUCCUGCGACACCAACAAAAGUUACACUCUUCUCUAAUGGACAAGGAUGUCGAAGACGAAACCAGCACAAAGGACGCUAGGCAGCAACUCAAUGAGCGACACAUCAUAACCAUUACGGGCAACAAGGAGACCAUGCUGCCCACUCCAAACAACCCGACGGGUCAAGCCCCGCAGACUAAACGUAAAGCUACCAAGGGUAAAUCAAGAGAACCAGAAACUUUACAACAAUUUCCACAAGAUCAGCAACCUUCUGAGUUUGAGGGCGAGGAGAAACAGCGCAAACGUAAGAGACAUGCGUCAUUUUCUGCCUCCAGUUCAAUCACUUAUACACAAACCAAAGACGCACCUCGUAUUAUUGAGCACGAUUUGCCUGAUAUCCCUCACCAAGUCGGGUUUUCUACACCUCAGCUAUCUGCGCAGGAGCUCGUGGAUAAGGCAAUGGAAAGCGGUGUCAAUUUGGAGGCAUUUUCAUUCAUGCCAUUACCCGAAUCUGUAACAAUUAGCGAAAACGACGGACCCAAAGACGGCGAACUGAAUCAUAAUACUAUAGGAGAGAAAGAAGGCCCCUAUGGCUCAAUCCAAAUGGCUCUAACGCCAGGAAACUUUAUGAUGAAUACCCCGCAACUUACAGACUUUUUACAAAUGGGAUCCACUGUUGGCGGUUCAGGAGGGUAUACUAACGUUUAUUCAACAGAUUCCAAUUUAGAUUAUUUCAACUAUAAGGAUGAGCAAGAAAGAUUUCAGAAGGAAAAAUCAACAACUUUACAAGAAAAGGAAAAUUCUCAUCAUUCUGUACCGUCUUCAUCAGAGUUCGUGGAUGGUUUAGUUAAUAACUUAUCCAAAAAUACCGCUGUCGUAGGGAGUACUAAAAGCGAAGCCAAUGAUGAACACUGGCUCUCAGAGUUCAUAAAUACACAACUAGAUGGUAACUUCAAGGUGAAUAUGAAUAAUUUCAACGAAGUCGGUUUCGCUUAUACCAAUUCUGAAACCACUCCGAAUGGUUCAACUCCUGCACGUCUUUCUGGUUCAACUCCCAUGAGUAAGGGCAAUUCUGGACAUGUUAAGCUGAAAGAAAGUCCACGAUACUUAACACCUUACCAGGACAGCGAGGCAACUAAUUUUCCAGGAAGUAGUGGUCAAUCUUUAAAUCCUAAAAAUGAGCAUUCAAAUAACGACAUUCCUUCCCUUUUCAAAUCGCGGCAAGUUGAUUUGUUCAAAAAAAUUAUGGAAAACCAAUCCGAUUACAGCUCUCCAACCAGUGAUAGCAACUCUCCAAGCACGAAGAAACGUAAAAAGGGAACCAGAUUAUAUUUAUACACUGAGCAACUUCGCAAUGAUAUUUUGCGAGCCAAUAAUCUAACUUCAUCACAAUUUCCAACAUUAGAGGAAUUAAAUCGUUAUGUGAAUUUGUACCAAGAUGAAUUCCAUCCUUAUUUUGCGUUCAUUCAUUUACAUUCGAUACAACCUAGCAUGAACAUUUAUCCUCUACUGUUAUCAAUAGCCACAAUUGGAGCUUUGUAUGGUUUCCAUUCUUCGCAUGCAAUGCUAUUAUUCAAUAUAUGCCGCUUCCAUAUCAGAGAACUACUCGAAAGAACGAAACAACAUCAUCAAGAGACUCCACUAUGGGUAAUUCAAAGUAUGGUAUUGCUUAUUUUCAUUGGUAUUUUCAAUAAUGAUUUGUCUAUCACAAAGACUAUGAACACUCAAAUUAUGUCUUUGAUCGAACUAGUGAAAUUGAAACAGCUGAAUCUUCCUUUGGAAACCCUCGUAACACCACCCAUUGAAAGUGAUCACGUCUUUCAAUAUCAAGACAAUCCUCAACUUCUUGAGAAACUUCGAAAUCAGUACAACACUCCAGAACAGCUUACUAGGAAUUUUCAGUAUUUCAUAACGGCACAAUCAAGAAUUAGAACUUGCCACACCAUACUUUUGAUCUCCAAUCUGUUCACAUCACUGGUUGGUUUAGAUUGUUGUUUUCAUUCCAUUGACUUAAAGUGCGGUAUUCCAUGCUAUCAUGAGGAUUUGUAUUUUUGUGAAAAUGCACAUGAAUGGUCACAAUCGCUGGUAAGUUACCGUAUAGUUCUCGACUCCAAGUUUUCCCUGGUGGAGCUUUCUAAUGGCGGAGAAAGUUACAAAAACUGCUUAAUUUACUUGACGAAUGGUUAUCAAUUUUUUUAUGAGAACAAGAAGGUGUCUUUCAAGACUUUAUUGUCACUAUUGAUUUCAAUUCACGAAAAAAUAUUCAUUGAAAGGUAUAAUCUGAAAAACGAAUCCAAUGAACAAAUGCGUGAGCUAAAAUGGCGUAUGAACUCUCGACCUAUUAUUGAAUCUCUCCUGAAGUUUUGGGAGGCGCUCUACAUCAAAAAUGGCGGGGUCUUGAUAGCAAAUGAAAGCAACAUUGCCUUUAUAAAUUCGAACCCUUCUCUGAGACUGAUUAUACCUCUACUGAACUUCGCGAAGAUCAGAAAAUGUUUGAGUUUCACGUAUUUUAUGAACAAGAUUUGGUUGAAAGAUUGGGAAGGAAUGAAUGAGUCUCUGGAGACAUAUCAUGACUGGGAGAGCUCAAGAGAGGCUACCGAUUAUGCUCUGAAUAUAGUUAAAUUUUGGGUCGACACUGUCUCGAUAGUUAAGAACGCAGAGAAGACAUCUUUGCGGACGCCAAUUUUUUCCAUUACAUGUAUUUUCUCUUCAGUACUGAUAAUAGCAGAAUACUUGAAAAGGGUGGAGGUUUGGGCUAAGCAGUACGCUGAUGGUGAGAACACAACUGUUCUAAAAGCCAUCGAUAGAACGCUUUGGCUCAAAUCGGAAAUUAUUCUUAAAAAAAUCGAGGAACAUUUACUUCCCAAGGGCUAUAAUAUGCAAUCAUACGCUGAAUUUUUGAGAUUGCAGGCAAAUGGUGCGCUUGAUGUGGAGGUUUUGGAUGAUGACCUCGCAAAGAGGGCGAUGAAUCCUAAUACGGACGUAAAUGAGACUGUGAGGGUGAUCAUGAAGGCAAGACUUUCAUCUAGAUCACUUUACUUAGGUGUCAGAAUACUCGGCGAUGCACCAAUCUGGCCUAUCGCUUUACUCUUCGCACAUGCUCUUCAAUCUAGGGCCAUUUACAACUUGGCCAAUCAUCCAUCCUCGUGA